CUAGCUCUUUCUCGCUAAGUGACUAAGUUGCCUAGGUAAGAGUUGAACUUGGAACCCUCCUGCCUCAGCACCCCUAAGUGCUGGGAUUGUGGCAUGUACCACCAUACUUGGCCAGUCAAGUUCUUUCUUUAAGCUACAUGCCACUACCCACAGUUUUGCCCCUCAGUGUAGCAUGAGGCUUUAGCAUGCCCUCUCUGUUUGCUGAUAGAUGACGGCAGCUGAAGGGGCGUGUUCUGAAGGACUUUGGAGCUAGAGGCGGAUACCCAGGUUUGCUUUGAAGGGCAUGAGUCAUCCAGGGGUCACUGGGUGUGUUCAUGAAAAGGCUCCUUUGCCAAGUGCUGACCAAGGAUGUGUCUGGUCAUUAGCAGAACCCAGACCUGCCUGCAGUUCUGUUUUUUGGUGUUUCCAGUGGUUUACUCACUGUCAUCAGUUAACUCCCCCAUCUGCCAAGGAAAACAAGCUUCUACAGAGAACAGGUCCAAGGAUUUCACUUGACAUCUUCUUUUUGCCAAAGAGACUGAUGCUUCUUUAUGAAAGGACACUUUGCUGCUGAUUUGGGGAAGGAAACUGCAGAGCACGGAAAUCAUUUAGACUGAUUUGACCUCUUCCUUCCUGGUUUAGUGAUUUAUUUAAACCCACGGGUCUCAGAUUGGGGCUUGGGCUCAUGGGGACGACAGGAAUGUUCUGUACAAGUCCAGGAGAAGGAUGCUGGGACGCUCCAGAGAAAUACCAAGCUUAGGUGCCUUUUUCAUCCCCUACCUCAUCUUUCUCUUCACCUGUGGCAUUCCUCUCUUCUUCCUGGAGACGGCGCUGGGCCAGUACACAAGCCAGGGGGGCAUCACAGCCUGGAGGAAGAUCUGCCCCAUCUUUGAGGGCAUCGGCUAUGCCUGCCAGGUGAUUGUCAUGCUCCUCAACAUCUACUACAUCAUCGUCCUGGCCUGGGCCUUCUUCUACCUCUUCAGCAGCUUCACCGCGGACCUGCCCUGGGGAAGCUGCCACCACGAAUGGAACACAGAGAACUGUGUGGAGUUCCAGAAGACCAAUGGCUCCCUGAAUGUGACCUCUGAGAAUGCCACCUCCCCCGUCAUCGAGUUCUGGGAGAGGCGGGUCCUGAAGAUCUCUGGUGGCAUCCAGCACCUAGGGUCCCUGCGCUGGGAGCUGGUCCUGUGCCUCCUGCUCGCCUGGGUCAUCUGCUACUUCUGCAUCUGGAAGGGGGUCAAGUCCACAGGCAAGGUGGUGUACUUCACAGCCACGUUCCCUUAUCUCAUGCUGGUGGUCCUGUUAAUCCGAGGGGUGACGCUGCCUGGGGCGGCCAAAGGAAUUCAGUUCUACCUGUACCCGGACCUCACACGUCUGUGGGAUCCCCAGGUGUGGAUGGAUGCAGGCACCCAGAUCUUCUUCUCCUUUGCCAUCUGCCUGGGCUGCCUCACGGCCCUGGGCAGCUACAACAAGUACCACAACAACUGCUACAGGGACUGCAUCGCCCUCUGCCUCCUCAACAGCGGCACCAGCUUCAUGGCCGGCUUUGCCAUCUUCUCCAUCCUGGGCUUCAUGUCCCAGGAGCAGGGUGUGCCCAUUUCUCAGGUUGCCGAGUCAGGCCCUGGCCUGGCUUUCAUCGCCUACCCCCGGGCUGUUGUAAUGCUGCCCUUCUCUCCUCUGUGGGCCUGCUGCUUCUUCUUCAUGGUCAUUCUCCUGGGACUCGAUAGCCAGUUUGUGUGCGUCGAGAGCCUGGUCACCGCGCUGGUGGACAUGUACCCUGAGAGGUUCCGCAGGAAGAACCGGAGGGAGAUCCUCAUCCUUGUGGUGGCCGUCAUUGCCUGCCUUUUGGGACUAGUCAUGCUCACAGAGGGUGGCAUGUAUGUGUUCCAGCUCUUUGACUACUAUGCAGCCAGCGGCAUGUGCCUCCUGUUCGUGGCCAUCUUUGAGUCCUUCUGUGUGGCUUGGGUUUAUGGAGCUGGACGCUUCUAUGACAAUAUUGAAGAUAUGAUUGGGUACAAGCCCUGGCCGCUUAUCAAGUGCUGCUGGCUCUUUUUCACCCCGGUUGUGUGCGUGGCCACCUUCUUGUUCUCCUUGAUCAAGUACACGCCGCUGACCUACAACAAGAAGUACAAGUACCCAUGGUGGGGUGACGCCCUGGGCUGGCUCCUGGCUCUGUCCUCCAUGGUCUGCAUUCCUGCCUGCAGCAUCUACAAGCUCAUCAGUCUCAAGGGCCCCCUCAGGGAGAGAGUUCGCCAGCUCUUGUGCCCAGCUGAGGAUUUGCCCCAGAGGAGCCAAGCAGGCCACCCCACCCCCGCCACACCCAGGACAUCUCUUCUUCAACUCACAGAGCUGGAGUCAAACUGCUAAGGGCAGGCCUUCAGAGGGCCUGUGGGCCCGGCUGGGGACACCCACAGGCCAGCAGGCAGAAGACCCCCCGGUGCCUCUCUGUUCUCACCCUGGACAGACAACACAAAGGGCAAGCUUUGGAAUCCGCCUUGGGAGCUGGAUGGCUCCCGGCCCCACUUCCUGUUCUACCCCAGGUGGUCAAAACCGAUGGGAGACCCCAGGGCCCAGGGUACCUUUUGAGGCAGCGUGCUGAGCCGACGGGGGUCGUAGGGGUGAGAGCAGCCGGCCUCUGGCCUCUUCCCUGCAUUCCAUUAAAUCCGUCUUCGUCCCCGAA